CAUUCCUGAAAGAAAGAAAAAACAAACCAAGGUUGGAGAAACUCGGCAUGACUGCGGAGGGGGAAACAAAGUGUACGCUGAGGCUCCUGUGACCCUUCCUGCCAAGUGGCGUUGGCAUAAGCGGGAGGCCAGGGCCAGAGAAUCGACUUUACACACCGUCCUUCUCCUUUCCGCUUCGCGGCUGGGGGGAAUGAGACAAGGCGGGACAGAGGGGAAACCUGAGUGAAACUAGAACUGAAACUGGGGCUUUGGCGGCGGAAAGUCCCGUGUCGAGGCCAAUCAGCAACUGCCAACAGUUUGAAAAAUAACCCUGGUUUCUUUGGAAGAUCGUGAUAGGAUUGCCCAUUGUUGUUUUUCCGUGACAUUAACUGUUCCAACUAUGAAAAUAUACCAGUUUUAAAAUUUGUAACUUAACUUCAUAAUGGCGGGCUAGACGCUCAUGGGCACAUUACCUUUUUUGGAAGGAGCUUUGUUUCUCUUUACUAUCAGUUUAAUCCUUUUUUUUAGGGAAUACCUGCUACCAUGUUAAAUCAUAAUCCUUGCACUGAUCAUAGUUUAUGAAAUUCCUGUUUCCUGUGAUCUCUUAAUUUUUGCAAUGCACCAUUAACAUGUUAGAACAAAAGCCUCUUAGCCAAUGUUUGUCUGGUAAUAUAGCAAAUAAGAAAGAAAUGAAGAAAAUUAAGAUAUGGAUUUGUAUCAACAAAAAAUUUUCUUCUCUUUUGGAAUUAAAUUCAAUUACAUGAGCAAAGCCAUCUCAUAAUUUUGGAUAUUAAAAUGACAAUUGCAACUAAGUGCACUGUCCUGAAUGUUCAGAUGUUCUGUUCUGAGUUUUCAGAAUUUGAGGGGACUAAAAAGAGCCUCAAAUAGACAAAAAUAAAUUUUAAAUUUGUUUGAGUUUCUAAAUUUUUCAACCAACAUCACUAAAGCAGAUCACUUGGUCUUACUCUCAGGCCUGUGGGACCUUGUCUGCCAUGUUUCCCAUGUUACAAAUUAUAACAUUUCAGAGCUACUUGGGAGGAUCCAAACUUACUUACAGUUAAUGAGGUAUGUCAGUCUUUUUCUUGGCUUUCUUCUUUCUUUCACAGAAUUUCCUUUUUAUUAUGGAUCUCUUUAACUCCGAAUCAAUAACUCUGAAUCUUAAUUUGCUUGAGCGGAAACCAGACCCUGAGCUUCUAGAUAUUCUUGUUCAGCAUGCUGCUAAAUGUCAGCAAUGUGGGUUUCUCUUUUAAUGGGGAUGUUUUAACAUUCUAAUGAUUUCAAAGUUGCCUAGGUUUGGGUUGGAUUCAUAGCUUUACUAUUUAAUUGCAGUCUGGCACACACCAUCCACUCCCAUCUAUCUGACACCCAGUCUGACUUUAAAUUUAGAAACAUUUUUGUUUUGAAAAGCUGUUAACAAAGCUCCUUCCAAAAAAGGUAAGCCCUUAUCCUAUGAAGUACUCUUCAUGAAUAUAUUACAAAAUCAGAAUUUUGGCUACUUCAGAAUUGGCAGAGAUCAAGAACUGCAAUAUGAUUUAACCUCAGAACUUUACCGAAUUUCAACAUUUGCACACUUUCCUUCAAACACUUUGGUGUCUGAAAGGAGUCUUGCACGUGCUGGAUUCUAUUACACUGGUGUCAGUGAUAGAGUGCAGUGUUUCAGUUGUGGAAUCACUGUUGACAACUGGCAAGUGGGUGAUAAUGCUUUUGAAAGACACAGAAGAUGCAAUCCAAGCUGCAGUUUUAUUCAAAGUCUGCCUUUAGUUGAGCACUUUUCAGUUCGCUCCACAUUUUCUCCACCAAGUGCAACCUCUUUGCAAUCAUCCUUUCGUGAAAAUGGAGCUCAGAUUGGAUUAGAGUGUAGCAAUCCUAGUGAUCCAGGUGUCUCCAGAAGUGUGGAAGAUAUUUCUCAUCAAUUGAGAUAUCCGCAGUAUAGUACAGCUAUGUGUAGUGAAGAAAUGAGACUGCGAACCUUUCAGAAUUGGCCCUCUUAUUCUUCUUUAAUUCCUGCAGAGCUAGCCAAAGCUGGAUUUUAUUAUACUGGUGAAGAAGAUAGGGUUGCAUGUUUUGUUUGUGGUGGAAAGUUAAGUAAUUGGGAACCUGGAGAUCAUGCAUCAUCUGAACAUAGAAGACAUUUUCCUUCAUGUCCCUUUGUUUUGGGGAAUCCGAUGGGCAAUAUUCCAAUGAGUAAUACAGAAUCUCAAAGACUAGAAGAAAGGCAUGGAAUGGUUCGAGCUGUGCAUCCACGACAUCCUGAGAUGCAAUCUUAUGAUACUCGACUACAGACUUUUUUGAGAUGGCCGGUCAGGAAUUUUAUUCAACCUGAACAGUUAUCCAGAGCUGGAUUCUACUAUGUUGGGCAAAAUGAUGAUGUGAAGUGUUAUUAUUGUGAUGGUGGCCUGAGGAGCUGGGAGGCUGGAGAUGAUCCGUGGGUGGAACAUGCAAAAUGGUUUCCAAGAUGUGAAUAUCUCCUUCAAGAGAAGGGACAAACAUUCGUACACCAGAUCCAGACAAGGUUUCCAAAUCUAUUUGAUCUUCAGCUGCAUUCCAGUUCGGAUGACAUUUUGGAGGAAACUCAGACCCCAGUUGUUCAUUUUGGAGCUGGGGAAAAUAGAUCAGAAGAUGCAAUCAUGAUGAAUACGCCAGUGGUUAAGGGUGCUAUGGAAAUGGGUUUUGAUCGAAGACUCGUAAUGCAGAGUGUUCAAAGAAAAAUCCUAACAAGUGGAGAAAAUUAUAAGUCAGUUAUUGAACUUGUGACUGACUUGCUGAAUGCCGAAGAUGAAGAAAGACGGGAAGACAAAGAAAGAAGAUUGGAGGAAGUAGCUGAAGAUGAUGUAAUGCUACUGAAGAAGAAUUGUGUUGCUUUGAGUCAGAAUUUGACAAAAGUAAUACCUUUACUUGAUGAUCUAGAAACACGAUCUUUAAUUAACAAAUCAGAAAGUGAAACGAUUAAACAAAAACCUCAGGCAAACGAACAAGCCAGAGAGCUACUUGAUACAAUAAUUCGUAAAGGAAAUGCAGCAGCUGAGGCAUUUAGAGAUGUCCUUUUGGUUAAUGAGCCAGAAUUGCAUGAAAAGUUGUAUGUUAAAAAGAAUUUGUCUUAUUCAACAUCAGAUUUGAUGGGCUUGACCAUGGAAGAACAAUUGCGACGGUUGCAGGAAGAACGAACUUGUAAAGUAUGUAUGGACAAGGAGGUCUCGGUUGUGUUUAUAAUGUGUGGUCAUUUGGUUGUUUGUACAGAUUGUGCGCCAUCCCUGAGGAAGUGCCCAAUCUGCCGAGGUACCAUCAAAGGAACAGUUAGAACAUUUUUGUCCUAAUCAUGAUAUCUAGUUCCCUGAUAUGAUCAGGAGAACAGUUAAAUUGAUGGGGUUAAUCAAACUGGAUGUAAAAAGUGAAUUUGAGUGACAGCAUGUACAGCCUCUUCAUCUUUUAGCUCAGGAAUAAAUUGGAGUAUCUGGUUAAGUAG